GAUCGCUCGACGGCAGAGCGUGUUGCUGGAGGUCAGGGCCAUGAUGACAUGACCAGCUUCCUAAGCUGUAGGGAAGAGGCGGUGUUUUCACUUUAAAAUUAUCCUGGACUACAAACUACACUACUUUGAAACACACUGUUUACUAAACAAUGUGUUUAUAGUGGCAAAUACAGCAGCUCUUCGUCAGAUAGUUCGUUUUGGGUUCUGAGUGUUACGAAAUCGCUAGCAACUGCUAACGUUAUCCGCGUCGGCUUGGCUAACAUCCCUUUUCAGGGUUCAGUUUUAACAUUUCUGAUCUGUUACAACCAUGGACAACAACUCGCAGGGAUCGGGAGGACUCAAAGGAAGUUUGGGGAGUUUAUUUGGAGGCGGUGCGCCUGAGUACUCUAACACAGAGCUUGCCGGUGUCCCUUUGACUGGAAUGAGUCCUCUGUCCCCUUACCUCAACGUCGACCCUCGUUACCUGGUUCAGGACACAGAUGAGUUCAUUUUACCCACAGGGGCCAACAAAACAAGAGGAAGAUUUGAGCUAGCUUUCUUUACCAUUGGGGGCUCUUGUAUGACUGGAGCUGCAUUUGGAGCCAUAAAUGGUCUGAGGAUGGGCCUGAAGGAGAUCAGAGACAUGGCAUGGUCCAAACCACGUAAUGUACAAAUUCUCAACAUGGUGACCAGACAGGGAGCGUCAUGGGCCAACUCUCUUGGCUCUGUUGCUUUGUUGUAUAGUGCUUUUGGCGUGGCGAUAGAAAAGGCCAGGGGAGCAGAAGAUGACAUCAACACAGUUGCUGCUGGCACAUUAACAGGGAUGCUCUUUAAAUCUGGCAGUGGAUUAAAGGGUGCAGCCCGUGGAGGUCUGGUUGGUUUCGCCUUGUCUGGUGCCUAUGCUCUCUACAACAACUGGGACCAUCUCACCGGCUCCUCCUCUUCCUCCAGGCUGUACUAAGCUCUCCCACACAGCUGCUUCAACAUUAGGGCCAAAUAUCUCAAGGACACAGCCUUUAACCACAGUGCUAAGAGGAGUUACACUUUGGUUAAAAUGCAGUGUUCUUUUCAGGCAAGGGGUCGUCGGUUCCAGUUUCCCACCACAGCUACUCCCCCUUAAGACGUGUCUGAAAACUAG